AUGGCGACCUUCAAGGACUACACCUACACCUAUUUUCUCGUCACCUCACCGGCGCCCUUUGUCGUACAUGUCCAGAUAAACCGCCCGCAAAAGCUCAACGCUUUCUCGGAGCCUGUCUGGCGCGAGUUCGGCGCCGUCUUCGACCACCUGAGUCACGACCCGGACGUCCGCGCCGUCGUCCUCUCCGCCGUCGGCGACCGCGCCUUCUCCGCCGGCCUCGAUGUUCAGGAUGCCGCCAACAGCCCGCUCGGCUCGGGGCUCGGAGGGGACCCCGCGCGGUACGCGACCGUCAUGCGUCGGCACGUUGUCGAGUUCCAGAACGCUAUCGCAGCGGCGGAAAAGUGCGAGAAGCCCGUGAUCUGCGUACUCCACGGGGUCUCCAUCGGUAUCGCCAUCGACAUAUCGUGCUGCGCCGAUGUGCGCAUCUGCGCACGCAACACGCGCUUCGCCGUCAAGGAGGUCGACAUCGGUCUCGCCGCUGACCUCGGCACGCUCAGCCGGCUACCCAAGCUCGUGGGGAAUACAUCAUGGGUCAAGGACGUCUGCCUCUCAGCGCGCGACUUCUCGGCUGAUGAGGCGCUGUCCGUCGGCUUUGUUAGCCGGGUGCUCGAGUCAAAGGAGGCGGCCGUCGAGGCGGGACUGAAGCUCGCGGCCUUCAUUGCCGAGAAGAGCCCCGUGGCGGUGCAGGGCACCAAAGAGCUGUUGAACCACGCGAGGGACCACUCGGUCGAGGAAAUGCCUGGCUUCAAUGGCGAGGCUUACUUGCGCUACACGACUGUUUGGAACUCGGCCAUGCUGCAGUCGAGCGAUCUCCAGACCGCUCUGAUGUCUGGUUUGUCCAAGAAGAAGCCCACAUUCGAGAAGCUCUAA